AGCUGGGCCACGACAGGGGACUCGCUCCACGCCGUGGCGGUCAGAGUGGCCUCACCGUCCACGCCUCGUUUCAACACUCUUUCCCCUACUUCAACACCCUAGACUAAGACCCGCCAGAACUCACUUCAACCCUCGGCGCGAUUCAGUCGUCUAUUACAUUCACUCGGGUCAAAUGUCCAACUCUUCAAGCCCUGCUCCAGGGACGACGAGCUCUGUGCAAGAACAACUGCCACUAGUCAUUGGAUGCGCAGUCGGCUACAGUCUCGCGGUACUGUCCACGCUUUUCCGUCUCCUCUACCAGUUUCGACGACGACAACUCUGGUGGGAUGACUUCUGGGCCGGAUGUGCCUUCUUAUGCACGCUUGUCUCCGUGACAAUCUCGCUUAAGUCUGUUCUUCCUCCACCUGGAGACUAUCCCGACUCUGUUCUUUCGUUCUUCGCGUGGGGGACGUUUAUGAUGCAAGCUGCCGUCAUAUGGUUCAGUCGCAUGUCCAUUCUCGCCACGAUAAUCCGCAUCCUACCGAACCCCUCCCGAGGUCGCUUCAUCACAAAAGCCUCAUUCGCGGUUUUCUUCGUCUUCUGGAUUGCAACCACGGUCUCGAAAGUCUUCUAUAACGGAACAGCGGUGAAACUGAUCCCAGACAGGCCAUGGUCGCUCGUUCCGACCAUCGUAGUCCUCAUAUUGAAUACAGUAGCAACGGUAUGGCUAGUCACCUGGCCAGCCUAUCUCAUUCUACGAAUGACGAGCCUCGCUCGACCUCUUCGUCGUCUACUCACCAUCUGUUUCGGAACCGCCAUCAUCCUAUUGGCUGUGGAUAUUUGGCAAGCCGCCAAUUUAUUCAUCGAAGCCUUCGGGUUGGCUCUCAUCAGUGCCCAUUUGGAGUUGAUUUUAUCCCUCCUACUGGCCAACGUCAUUAUUCUCGCGACCUACAUCUACCGUAUAUUCCACAACGGCGACGGAAGUUCAGGAGGAUCAGACUCGGACACGACGACGAAACAGCCUAGACGUGGUUCCCAAGGUAGGCUUCCGCUUCCACUCUCUCAACAAAGUUCCUAA